AUGUCUAAUAUUAGCUAUUCAACUAUUUCCGAUGAAGAAUUUAAUCCAUCUGAUACCGAUAACAAAGAAAUCUUUGAAUUUGCUAGUAAUACUGCUACAACUAAUAAUAGUACCAGCAAUAAAACAUCACUUGUGUGGGAAUUUAUGCAUGAAGAAACAAGUGCAG